AUGGCAAUUGUCGAUGAAAACUGGCAUACACCAAGAUCCACUAUCAAAGAAAGAAUAUCCUUUAUGUUCAACAAGGAUCAUUUGAGCGAUGUCAAAUUUGUUGUUUUUGACGGUAAUGGCGAAAACGAAAGUAGACAAAUGAUUCCAGCUCACAAGUUUAUUCUGGCGAUUAGCAGCCCUGUUUUUAAGGCCAUGUUUUACGGUAAACUGGUGGAGACUGGACGCACUAUUGAACUGCCUGAUUGCGAUUACGAAAGUCUGUUGGAGUUGUUUCGCUACAUGUACAGCGAUGAAGUGAACUUAAGCGGAAGUAAUGUGAUGAAAGUGCUCUACCUGGCUAAGAAAUACAUGGUUCCUUCACUAGCUAAUAAGUGUGUGAAAUAUGUUUUUGGACAUUUAGAUGCAUCCAAUGUUUUCAACAUUCUGCCGUGUGCUCAAAAAUAUGACGAGAAGCUACUGGUGGAUAAGUGCUGGAAAGUGAUCGAUGAAGACGCGGAAGCAGCUAUGAAAUCGGAAAGCUUUGCGACGAUCGACAGGUCGUUACUUGAAGCUGUGGUGGAACGAAAUACUUUGGACAUCGCCGAGCUGGAAUUGUUCAAUAGGGUCACGGAAUGGGCAACAAAGAAAUUCGAAGAACAAGGCAUAGUGGCAGAUGGGCAACAGAAAAGGAGACUUCUUUCAAUACAUUUUCCAGUAAUGACAGAAGAAGAAUUUUCAUUUGUCCUCAGAAGCGGAAUUCUUAGACUAGGUGAAGUCAUUUUCAAAGCGGACAUAAAUUCGGUAGAAAAUCGUCCCGUAGGAUUCCCAAAGACUAAAAGAUCCAGCCGUUUUAAACGUUGCUGUAGGUAUAAUUCUUCCGUGACCUUUGAUCUGAUUCGCAGUAGCUGCCCAUCAUCUCUGACUUUUACUGUGGAUUGCGAGAUACAGCUUCACGGAGUGUACUUGUUUGGGGAAAAAGACAGCUCUCAUUCACUUACUCUUUAUCUCGAGAGAGACCAAGAUGGCGUUCUUGCCUCCACAGGGGGAACAUUUUUAUCAAAGCUCCACAGGUCUUGUAAAUGUUACGGUUUUGAGGUUUGGUUUGAAGAACCAGUAUCUUUGCAAAAAGGAUCAAAAUACCANGUGUGAAAUAUGUUUUUGGACAUUUAGAUGCAUCCAAUGUUUUCAACAUUCUGCCGUGUGCUCAAAAAUAUGACGAGAAGCUACUGGUGGAUAAGUGCUGGAAAGUGAUCGAUGAAGACGCGGAAGCAGCUAUGAAAUCGGAAAGCUUUGCGACGAUCGACAGGUCGUUACUUGAAGCUGUGGUGGAACGAAAUACUUUGGACAUCGCCGAGCUGGAAUUGUUCAAUAGGGUCACGGAAUGGGCAACAAAGAAAUUCGAAGAACAAGGCAUAGUGGCAGAUGGGCAACAGAAAAGGAGACUUCUUUCAAUACAUUUUCCAGUAAUGACAGAAGAAGAAUUUUCAUUUGUCCUCAGAAGCGGAAUUCUUAGACUAGGUGAAGUCAUUUUCAAAGCGGACAUAAAUUCGGUAGAAAAUCGUCCCGUAGGAUUCCCAAAGACUAAAAGAUCCAGCCGUUUUAAACGUUGCUGUAGGUAUAAUUCUUCCGUGACCUUUGAUCUGAUUCGCAGUAGCUGCCCAUCAUCUCUGACUUUUACUGUGGAUUGCGAGAUACAGCUUCACGGAGUGUACUUGUUUGGGGAAAAAGACAGCUCUCAUUCACUUACUCUUUAUCUCGAGAGAGACCAAGAUGGCGUUCUUGCCUCCACAGGGGGAACAUUUUUAUCAAAGCUCCACAGGUCUUGUAAAUGUUACGGUUUUGAGGUUUGGUUUGAAGAACCAGUAUCUUUGCAAAAAGGAUCAAAAUACCACGCACAUGUUGUAGCAGAUCAUCCAUUAUAUAACACCAAUGCUUGCGGUCUUGUUCAAUGCAUUUCCGGUGUUACUUUUACCUUCUUUCUUUCCUUGACCCAAAGUCCUAUUGCUGAAUUCAUUUUCAACCUUAAUUGUGAGUGA